UUUAUGAUAUCACAUUGCUUUUAAAAAGCUUACCAUCAUUCAUUUUAAACUUUCUUUUUUUGCCAAUAACAAUACUUUUGCAUCAUGUUAUCGUGGUUGUUUUUUAUUACGACUUUGCUUUUCAUUUUGAAUUCUGUUCAUAGUGAUAGCAAUUAUAAUCAAGGCAAAGCCAGCUAUUUUAGUGCUGGUCAGUUACAUUUAAUUAGCAGUUCGGUUACAGCACAAUCUAAACAAGAUGUACUCUAUUCGCUUUUACUUGCUCAAUUGGCUGCUAAUGCUAAAGUUACUCGAACUUCUAUUAGUGCUUGGUAUGAAAACUAUGAACAUCUUUUACCUAAUAUUGCUUGGGUGACGUCAUCUGCGAGAAGUUUCACUCUAUUUAUUCCCACCACUGAUCAUAUCUCUCUCAAGUCAGUAAUUACAACAUCAUUAGCAGGUCAAAUUAAUCCAGAAUUACAGGAUAUAUUAAAUCGUGCUUUUGAUAAAAUUCAACAUUUAAAUCCAACAGAUCGCAUCAUUGAUGAAUUUACGAAAGAUGCAGGUGAUGGUAACGUAUAUAAUUUACAAGUGCAAUCAGUAAAUGAGGUCAAUGGUGACUUAACAGUCCUUCAAUUGUAUAUCACAUUAACUACUACAGAACGUACUGAAAGUGAUAUAUUUUUAUUACAUGAAUAUGCGAAAGAUAAAGUUCAAAUUCAAGUGGCUUAUGAAACUAAUACUCUCAACAGUGGUCUAUAUCAAACGAUUCGUCAAAGUAUUAUUGACAAAUUGGGACCGGAACGAAUUGCUCGUUAUAUUUCCAUGAUUUUCGAUGAUGAAUCGAAAAACUAA